GUUUUUUUAUGAAUAUACAAAUAUUAUAACAAUUUUAAACAAUAAUGCAUUCAAUUAACAAAAAUUCAUAUUUACACAAUUACUUUAAGGAUAUCAAUCCACGACUUAUUAAUAGAUGCGUGGAAAAAGCUCUUGGUCGGAAGAUACUAGAUGGACACGACCUAGAACCACCUUUUAACCGUUUAUGCUCAGAACAACCUAAUAUACCCAUCGCUGACUUGGACAUAAUACACCGACCUGUAGGAUUUGGGCGUUGUGCUAUGACAAAAUUGAGACGAGAACUCCACCACAAAGAUCCAAAAGUGGUUAUAGCUGCCCUGGAAAGUAUAUCAGAAUUGGUAAUAGAUUCUACAAGAGGAUAUGAAGCGCUUAAAUUACAAGUAGAUGAAAGAUUGACUGAUUUGUUAAUGGACGAAAAUCCAGCUAUUAGAGAACGAACUGCAAGGGCGUUAAAAAUUUUGGCAAAAUUAGCAGAAGGAAAGACGAAAAUUGUUAAAAACAGCACACUUUUACAUAAUCUUGCGGCAUGUUCAGAAGAUAAUAAUAAAAAAGUUCGACUUCAAGUGGCUCUUGUAUUACAAAAUAUUGCUGAAUUUUGGAUGACUGCUGAUACUUUGGUAGAAUUUGGAUUCAUUUCAAUAGUAUUACACAUUCUUCAAAAUAACGAAGACAAUUGUAUUAAGCUUAUCCAUCUAAAAACGUUACGAGCGUUGAUGUACGGAAUCCAGGGUAAAAUGGUAGCCCUAGAUAAUUCAGGAUAUAAUAUUUUAUUAACCUUUUUAAACGAUGAAAAUGGUCCAAUAUUGUCUGUUGCUUUGGAAUGCUUAGCCAUGCUAACUUCAACUUGUCUUGGAGAAAAAUUUGCAAGAGAAGUUAAUCUUCUUGAUACAUUAGACAAAUUGCUACAGGACGAGAGAAAAGAAGUUCAUACCCAAACGGCGCAUGUCAUGAUGUUUUGUACAGUAAAAGGAACUGGAAAAAUUUUAGCUAGUAAGCGUCCGAGAAUUGUUCCCAGAUUAAUUCAACUAUGUCAAAAUAAGGAAAAUGUUAAUACACAAUUAUUUGCAUUACAGGCAUUGACUAAUAUUUGUGAGCAUCCAGCUAUAAGAAAGCAAAUAAAUACAGAGUUUUCUCACGAAGUUGAAAAAAUUCAGGUUGGUUUUGAUCCAAAUAUCAAAGUACACAAAGACAAAUUAUUGGAAGUUAUAUCUUGGACACCGCAUACAACUUAAUGUAGAAGGAAAUAAAAUAUUAUGCAUAACUUAAUUGUAAUUUCUUUUGAAAUUCACUCUACUUAAUUUACC